UUACUUCUUGCUUCAUCAAUCGAUUGAAGGAUUUGGCUCUUUAAUAAUUGAAUGAUGUGACAGGUUGAGUUCUUAGAGCAUUACUUUGAUUUUAUUUUCCAUAAUCAUAUAAUAACAAAACCCAGAAGUCAGAAUUGCUAUUCAACCCAUGAGAUAGUGUUUGAUUCAAUGAAAAUUGGUAUUGUCUAAUAUCUGUUACGUUAGGCGGUGGACUUCACAUAGAAAGGGAAAUUGCUAUGUUCUUGUCAACCAAAUUCCAAGUUCUUUGAAGCCAAUCAAAUACAUGGUGUUUUAUUUUUUCCUCACAUAUGACAUAAUACAUAUGCAUUUGCUUUCUCUUUGUUGAACGUUGAUUUAAUUAAACCUUUCCAGUUGUUAACAAUUGCUCAGACUACAAAAGAUGGAGAGCAGUGAAGAGCAGAAGCUCCAAGUUAGAAAACUAGAGCUCUCAGACAAAAGCAAGGGCUUCAUAGAACUACUGCAACAGCUAACUGUUUGUGAUUCUGUAUCUGAUAAGGACUUUGAAGAUCGAUUUAGGGAGCUUAAUGCCCGUGCAGAGGACCAUCGGGUCCUUGUUAUAGAAGAUGCUCGUUCUGGAAAGAUUGUUGCAACUGGGAGUGUGUUCAUUGAAAGGAAGUUUAUAAGGAACUGUGGCAAAGUCGGGCACAUUGAAGACGUGGUGGUUGAUGCCAAUGCUCGUGGGAUGCAGUUAGGGAAGAAAAUUAUUAAUGCCCUCACGGAUUAUGCUCAUUCUCUGGGGUGUUAUAAGGUAAUUCUUGAUUGCAGUGUUGAGAAUAAAGCAUUCUAUGAGAAGUGUGGCUACAAGCAGAAGGAAAUUCAGAUGGUGAAGUAUUUCAGUUGAGAAACAUUUCAUUUUCUUGUAAGUUUGCUUUGGGAUUAUACUUUGAUCUUCAACUAAAAUAAGAUCAACAUGUAAUGGAGAGAAAAAUAGUUUCCGAAAAAAAAAAACCAUUACUUUUUGGUUCAUGGUUGUAAGAUGAAGGCCUAAACUUAAUGGGAUGAUUUAUGACUUGUGAUAUUGAUGUCGGGGCUACGCUUCUUUUUGCCCUGUUAUGUAUAGAAACUUAUGUUCUCA